AUGUAUCCUCCAAUUCAUCGGUGCUCCAAUGGUCAAACCAUUUGUUCUGAAUGCAAGCCAAGGGUUCAUAAUGGUCGCCCAACUUGCAGGAGUGAAUUGGGUAACAUAAGAUGCCUUGCUUUGGAGAAGGUUGGCGUCUCUCUAGACUUUAUGUCCAAGUUCCAGAACUUUGGAUGCUUGGGAAUGUAUCCUUAUUAUUGCAAGUUAAAACAUGAAUCAGAGUGCCAAUACAGACCCUAUACUGGCCCAUAUGCAGGUUCUGUAUGCACUGUCUCUGAUGACAUUCCAUAUCAAAUUUCAGAGUGCUCUCCGAACUAA